ACCAGCUACGACUACUGACGAGACUAUGGACUACUCGACGAUCCAGCAAGACGAAGUUGAAGCGCUUGAAGCGAUCUUUGACGCCCCCGCGACAACCUCCGACGACGGGAUCGUGACGCUCGCCCUCCCUUCGGUUGGCACAUUUACGUUUGCCCGCUCUCCGACCUACCCGAUCGACAAGACGUGCCCGCACAUCUCAAUUUCGCACCUGCACGACAAGUACGCUACGCUGGCCCGUAUUCCCGAGGUCAUCGCGGCCAUGGAGGCGGCGGGCACAGCCGCGGUCGCCCACGGCCAAGUGUGUCUCUUUGAGAUGGUCGACGCUGGUGUCGCCUUGCUUCGCGCCCAGCGUGACGCUGCCAAGGAGAACAAGCCACCACCACCAGCCCUCUCGCGCCGGUCGUCCAGUAACAGUAGCAAGCCGCCCGCGCCCGACAAGACCAAGAAGAAGGCACCUGCAGCAAUGUCGCCGAAAGCAGAGAAGAAGUCGAUGCGCACCGCGACCGACGUCAUCCAUCGCAUCAUGUGGGACGACAGCAUUACGCAAGCCGAGGUCAUUGUCGGGUACCUCGAUCGGUUUGUUGGUACGGUCGAGCGCAACUUUGCGGCGUUCAACUGGGCCGACAUUGCGACCUUGUCGCAGAACGAGACGGCGAUCCCGCAGCACCGAAUCCAGUACUUUAAAUGGCGCGACGAGAUCAUUUGGGACAAGCGCGUGCGACUCGACCGCGUCUUUGGCUCGUCUGGUCACGACAUGAUUGUGUUCUCACCGUCAACGGCCGCCCCUGCACCGUCGUCUGCCGUUGCCGCCGUGACGUCGGCCAAUGUUACGUUCCAUGCCAACACGGACCGCCCGAACGCCUUCUUGUGCUUUCGCAUCACGGACUCUAGCGUCGUCGACGCUUGCAAGCACGCGCAAGCUGCGAUUCUUCGCGGCGACCCGCGACUGGCACCGUCGGCGCUCGCACCAGCGCGGUUUCACUGCACGCUGCUGCUGAUGCGCCUCAAGACCCUCGACGAGAUUGACGUCGCCAAGCGCGUGUUGGCCGAAUGCCAGGGGUUACUGCACACUCUGUGCACAUCGAAUGUCACAUUCGACGGCGUCAGCGCUUUUGGCAACCGCGUCGUCUACGCCAAGGUAGCGCCGCACGACGGACUGCUGACGCUCGUGGCGACGCUAAAAGCGCGGUUCGCGGCCGCCGGCAUCUCGCUCGUCGGUAACCACGACGUGUACCAGCCGCACGUGACGCUGUGCAAGCUCUCGCGGGACCUCAGUCGCACGGUGGCGACGAUCGAUGCGCGGUCGUACGCAGCCUACGCUUCGCACGAGCUUGGGUCGCAGGCGAUCGCUGGCAUGCAUCUCUGCGCCAUGGGCAACAACGGUCACGUGGCGCCCGACGGUUUCUAUCAACAGAUUGUGCCGCCCAUUGCCAAUGUUGCGCCGACGCUCACGGCGCCGUGGGACGUUGCCGCUGAGAAGAACCACAUUUAUGUGUUGCGGGGCGUGCCAGGCGCCGGCAAGAGCUCGGUCGCGCGCCAUUUGCAGUCGUUCGCCGACAGCGCGGGUCUCUCACACCGCGUCUGCAGCGCCGACGCAUUAUUUUUGCUAGCCAACGGCAGAUAUGCGUAUGACAAGGCCCGGCUCGCCGAGGCCCAUGCGUCUUGCCAGAGAGCGUUCGAAGACGCGAUCGCAGCAGCUGUGGAUGUUAUCAUUGUCGACAACACGAAUCUCCAGGCGCGCCACGUGCAAGCGUACGUCGACCUGUCGGCGUCGAGCAGCUACCGCGUGCAUGUGCUGGAGAUUGAGGCGCCUGACGUCGCAGCGGCCGUGCGCCGGUCCUGCCACGCCGUGCCGCUUGAAAAGUACGGGGGUGGGCCCGAGCCGUACACAGCGUCCCAUGUCUUCACCAAGAAGCUUGCCUAUGUGUCCUCGACAGCGACGCAUUUGCCUGUGGUGACCGCGCCUGCUGACGUGGCGUAUGCGGCCAUUUUCCUGGACAAGCCGUCGCAACAGCGGCUUCUGAGUGCAGUGGCGCCGGUGCACGCCAAGGUACUCUGCGACCACGUGACGGUCGCGUAUGCCCCGAGCGCCGACGUCCUCUCGUCGCUGCACCUCGGAACGACUGUCAAGCUGCUCGUGACGGGUGACGUGUGUGAUGCCGAGACGCAAGCCGUGCGCGUCCAGUGUCCGGACGUCGGCGCGUGGACCAACGGCCCGCACCCGCACAUUACGAUCUCGAUUGCGCCGCAUGGCGCCGCCAAGAACAGCGCGCGCCUUUUCGCGUCGAUGGCCGUCAACAAGUGGCAGGCGCCGCUUGCCCUGUCCGGUGCCGUGGGCCUCCGCGUCGGGUCGUCCUCGCUGACGACAUUUGCGACCUGCGCGGACGCCCUCGCACCGGUGGCCACAAACGCGGCGUCGACGUAUGCGCUCAAGUCACCGGACGUCACGUCGGUGCACGUGUUUGAUUUUGAUUUGACGCUUGUGCGCGCUCCGGUGCGCCAUCACGGCGAGUCGGUCUUGACGCCGUCCGAGGUUGCGUCGAUCGGACCGGAUUGGUACAAGUCGCCCAUGAGCUUGCACCCGCGGCAGAAGCUGUUGCCGCUGCCCGCGCUCUCGCUCAUGAAGGACGUGCUCGGUGCAACGACGUCGACCGGUGUCUUGCUCACGGCGCGCCUCGAGCCGCUGCGGGACGCCGUGCUCCGGGUGCUCGACACGUUUGGUGUCACGCCGGACGCCGCCUUUUUCAAGCCGCUCGCGCAGCACCAGGUCCUUCAUGGCGAUGUCGUCGCGCUCCGGGCCGCCGAGAACGCAGCGUACAAGAUCAGUGUCAUCGCCAACCUCGUCGCGCCGUCGCACGUGACGCACCUUGUCGUGUACGAGGACGACGACGCGAUUCUGUCGGCGCUCACGACGUGGGCCGCUGUCUUUAGCGUUCAUCGGCCGUCGCUCGACAUUCGUAUCGUUGACGCCAAGCGUCUGCUUCCGCCCGCCAACUCGCUCUCGGUGCUGCAGUUUCUCAAGAACCUCGGGUGCAUUCCGUCACCUGCCCACGUCACGCACACGCAGCACGUUUUGUCCGAGCUCCAGCGGCUCUCGGGCGCUCUCCACGCUCUGCCGUUUGGCUCGCACGCGCUCGGACGCAAAGGCGACAUUGACGUCUGCCUCGUCGUCCACGAGUCGCCGCGCCAGGCAGUGAUUCGCGUCGCAAAGCUCUUGCGUGAUGCGGGUAUAACCGAUGUGUACGAGUCGGGGAGUGCCCGCUGUCCGCUGCUCAAGGUGCGCUGGCUGGACCCAUAUGCGCCGCCGGUCGAGCUCGAUGUUGUGUUUGUGGAAGCGCGCGUGUUUGCGGCCCGUCGCGAUGAACCGGUGAGCGCGCUCUCGACAGACCCCAACGACCGCGCGCUCCUUGGACUGCAGCACCUCGCGACCAUCACGGCGCUCGUGGCGUCCAGUCCCAUCUCGCUCGACACGUUUGCGCGCGUCGUCGACGUGGUGCUCUUGCUCCUCAAGGCGCAGUGCCUCCACGGCACGCAUGUGAAUGGACUCCCGAGCUUCAAGCUCACGCACCUCGUGGCCACGUACGUGGCGUCACUGCCGCGUUCGAUGCCGCUCAAGGACGUGGUCGCGGGCUUCUUUGCUUACGCCGCGUCCCUCUCGGCCGUUCAAUGGGAAGACGACAUCUUGGCUCACGUGUUUGUGGCACCGCACUUGGUGCGCGUCGCGCAGCAGGCGUUCUUGCAUGCCAAGGCGGUGACAGCCGACGCGUCAUUUCCGUCGUCCGGCACGCUCAGUCGCCUCGUGCAGCGACGCGACCCAAGCGUCCAUGAGACAUUGUCGCUGGUUGUGACGCUUACGCCGUCGAUGACCGAGACAAAGUGGACUCUCUCGCAGCAACUCAAGUGGAAGUUGGCCAAGUGGCUCCGAGACUUGACCAAAAACGGCGUUGAGCUCGACCCGAUGCCGUCCAUGGCGCCGACGCUGUGCUUUGGCAUCUUGGGCGAUGUUAUGGCGACCCAGACGCAGAUGGAGACGUUUGCGACCGCCAUCGCGACCGAGUCGCACGGUGCGAUUCGCGUGCAGGUGGUCUGCGGUUCGAUUCCGGCUCCUGGAUCAACGUAGCCUAUUCAAGAAAUGGCCAUCGACGCAGGCUAGACCACACCCUUUGUCGUGUAGGAACUACUACACAGAUGAAAAAGUCGGACAAGAGUAUUUAGUUUCAAAUGACUCAUUGAAUACUAGUCUGGCACCGAUUC